UGUAAAGAUUAAUGAUAGCAAAUAAAUAUUCAUUCUUGUUCAAACCACCAAGAGAACUAGUCUACAUUUGGCGACAACGGAAAAUUUGGAAAACCCGAACCGAUGGCUUGGCCAAUGGUAAACCCUCUCGUUCCGCCAUUUGUUGAGGACUCCGAUGGUCCGACUGCACUACGGUGGGAAAAAUGGCGAGAGCAGUUUGACGCAUAUUUGGCAUGGAAGGACGUAGAGGACCAUGAAGAAAAGUUUAAAUCCCUCAUGCUGUUCGGCGGACCGGACGUGCGGAAGAUCAUCUUGAAGGUUCAGGCAGACGAGGCACACGUUCUAGGGAAUCGGUAUCAAGCUGCAGUACAGUUGCUGGACGAGUACUUCGUCCCAAGAGUGUCCAAAUCGUACGAACGGCAAAAGUUCCGCCAGAUGCUGCCAGGUCCCAAUGAAAAACUUGACACAUUUGUCAUUCGGCUUCGGAAACAAGCGAGCUACUGCGAUUUCGGCGAUCAAGCGGACGGCAUGGUUGUAGACCAGGUGAUUGCAACGACGAAAAACCAACAACUGCGACGGAAAUGCCUGGAGAAGGACCAUACAUUGGAUCAGCUGGUGGCACUUGGUCGUACACUGGAAUCCGUUGACCAUCAGCUAGCCACCUGGGAAACUGGAAACAAACCAAGUCCGGAACCACCGAAACUCAAAGCCGAAGCAACCGACGAAUCCAUCAUGAAAAUCAAUUCCGAGCAGUAUCACCCGAGGAGUAAGUAUCAACCCCGUCCAAGAUGCACACGAUGUGACAGCCGUCAUCUAUCAACCGAUCCUGCCUGCCCGGCGAAAUCUGAAAAGUGUCGAAGUUGCGGAGUCGUUGGACAUUUCGCACGAUGUUGUUUCUUGAAGAAGAAGAAGACAGGGCCACCCGAAACCCCGCGAAAGAAUAAGAAGCGAUUCGUGCGGGAAGUAUGUGAGACCGGCGCAGAUGGGGAAAACAACGAAGUCUUCAAUCUGUUCCACCUCGGCAGUAAGCGCACGGUCAAGAUCAAGGUUGGAGGUGUACUAUUGACGUUCGUUAUCGACACCGGUGCCGAUGAAGACAUUCUGAGCGAGGGAGACUGGCGUACACUGAAGCGCAUCGGGUUUGAUGCAUAUGCGGUGACGAAAGGCAGCAGCAAGACCUUCAACAGCUACGGAUCGACAAAACCAUUGACGGUGCUUGGAGAAGUAGAAACCGAUGUGACGUUCAACAAAGAAACGUUGAGGACCAAGUUCUACGUCAUUCGAGAUGGAAAGUGUUCACUCCUUUCUGGAAAUACCGCGGUCAAGUUGGGUCUGGUGAAGUUCCUUUAUGAGGCCAACAACGAUGCAUUUCCCUGCAUGAAAGGUAUGUAAUUAACCUACUGUUACGAAUUUUAAACAAAUAUGAAAUAUACAAAAUGUUAAUUUGAAUUAGGCAUUGAAGUAUGCAUUAAAAUUGACGAAACUGUUCCACCAGUACGCCAAAGCUUACGAAGGAUUCCAUUUCCGCUGGAAGAACUUGCUUUAGAGAAAUUAAAGGAACUUGAACGGCACGAUAUUAUUGAACGGGUUAACGAAGCCUCCGAGUGGGUUUCUCCCAUGAUCAUUAAGCGGAAAAAUUCAGGCGAAGUUCGCAUAAUUGUAGAUCUUCGAGAAGCGAACAAAGCCGUAAUCCGCGAAAUGCAUCCUUUACCAACUCUUGAACAAAUGUCAAGGAAAAUUGGUGGAAACAAAAUUUUCACAAAGCUCGACAUCAGGCAGGCAUUCCACCAAGUCAUGCUAAAAGAGGAAUGUCGAUACAUUACCACUUUCAUAUCUCCAAUUGGACUAAUGAGGUACAAACGACUAAUGUUUGGACUGUCAGCAGCUCCAGAAUUGUUCCAAAAAGUAAUGGAUAUGAUUUUUGCCGAUUUUCCAUGGCUUAUAGUAUUCAUUGAUGACGUUUUAAUACCUGCGAAAGAUAAUGAAGAACUACUACUCCGAACUAAAUUAGUUUAUGAACGCCUGCGGCAAUACAACGUUCUUCUGAAUACUGAUAAAAUCGAGUCUUGCGUCAGAGAAAUUGAUUUCCUUGGCUAUCACAUUUGUGAGAAAGGCAUUUCCGUAUCACGAACAAAAUUGGAAGCAAUCAGUAAAAUGGAAAGACCAAAAUCAGCGGAAGAACUGAGGAGUUUUCUGGGAUUGAUAAAUUUUGUCCAUCGAUACAUUCCCAACUUAUCAACGAUAACAUACUCUCUUAAUCUGCUGACAAGGAAAGGGACUUCAUUUACCUGGAUGCCAGAACAUCAAGAAAAAUUUAACCAGAUAAAGGAAAUUUUACUCAAAGAUGAAAUACUUGGCUUUUACGAUCCUAAAGAUGAUACAUUUGUUAUCGCUGAUGGCAGUCCAGUUGGACUUGGCGCAGUACUAGUCCAACGUGGAAAUUCGGGAGAAAAUCGUAUCAUAUGCUUUGCCUCGAAAACCUUAACCGCCACCGAACAAAAGUAUGCACAAACCGAACGCGAAGCCUUAGCUCUGGUUUGGGCUUGUGAAAAGUUCCACUAUUAUCUCUAUGGAAAAUCUUUCCGGUUGGUAACUGAUCAUAAACCUCUAGUUGCCAUUUUCGGAGACAGAUUGAAGCCUUCUCCGAGAAUAGAACGAUGGAAACUACGUUUGAUGGCAUAUGAUUACAAAGUUAUGUAUCGACCAGGAAAAAACAAUAUUGCUGAUCCAUUAUCUCGUUUAUGUCAGUCCACACCAAAUCAGGGAAACUGUUUCGAUGAGGAAUCCGAAAGAAUCAUUAGAGCGGUGGCCAAUGAUUCUUGCCCCAUAUCAAUUUCGAUCGAUGAAAUUAUCACUUGCACAAAAGCCGAUAUAGAACUGCAAGAGAUCAUCAAAUGGUUACCUUUUCAUCCACGGCGAUGGCCUAAGACUCUACAGAGAUACAAAAAGUUAGCUGACAGCUUAACAAGUGAUGGUAACCUGGUGAUGAAAGAUCAAAGAAUCGUGAUUCCAAGAUGCCUUCAAGACCGGAUCUUAAGGCUGGCCCAUAAUCCGCACCUCGGAAUGUCGGCAAUGAAAAGAAGAUUGAGGACUAAAGUAUGGUGGACCCGAAUGGACAAAAUGGUCGAUGAUUUUGUUCACAACUGCACUGAAUGUAUACUUGUAUCAGAUCCAGACACAGAGCCGAUAUCAAGAAUUGAAA